UGCCCGCAGGGGGCGGGGCUGGGCCGGCGGCGGUCCCGGUGCAGGGCGGGAGGCGGCGGCGGUGGCGGGGCCAUGGCCUGGUCCCGGUACCAGCUGGGCCUGGCCGCCCUCAUGCUGGUCACCGGCUCCAUCAACACCUUGGCGGCCAAGUGGGCUGAUAACUUCAGUGCGAGUGGCUGCGGUGGGACGGAGGAGCAUGGCUUUCAGCACCCCUUCCUUCAGGCUGUGGGCAUGUUCCUGGGUGAAUUUUCCUGCCUGGGGGUGUUUUACCUGCUGGUGUGGAGGGAUCGGUUCAGGCUGGAGCCCAGCAUGGCCCCAUCACAGUCCUUCAGCCCGCUGCUCUUCCUACCCCCUGCUCUCUGUGACAUGACUGGGACCAGCAUCAUGUACGUGGCCUUGAACAUGACCAGUGCCUCCAGCUUCCAGAUGCUGCGAGGAUCCGUCAUCAUCUUCACCGGGCUUCUCUCUGUGGCCUUCCUGGGCCGCAAACUGGAGCUGAGCCAGUGGCUGGGCAUCCUGGUCACCAUUGUGGGACUGGUGGUGGUGGGGCUGGCUGACCUGCACAGCUCUCAUGACCAGAAACACAAGCUCAGCGAGGUGAUAACAGGUGACCUGCUUAUCAUCAUGGCGCAGGUGAUUGUUGCCAUCCAGAUGGUGCUGGAGGAGAAAUUUGUCUACAAGCACGAUGUGCACCCGCUGCGGGCCGUCGGCACUGAAGGUUUCUUUGGCUUCAUCAUCCUGGCCUUGCUGCUGGUGCCCAUGUACUACAUCCCAGCGGGCAGCUUCAGUGGGAACCCUCGGCGGACACUGGAAGAUGCCCUCGAUGCCUUCUGCCAGAUUGGCCACCAGCCCCUGAUCGCCCUGGCCCUGCUGGGUAACAUCAGCAGCAUCGCCUUCUUCAACUUUGCUGGCAUCAGCGUCACUAAGGAGAUCAGUGCCACCACCCGCAUGGUGCUGGACAGCCUCCGCACCCUCGUCAUCUGGGCUGUCAGCCUGGCUGUGGGCUGGGAGACCUUCCAUGGCCUGGAGAUCUUGGGGUUUGGGGUGCUGCUGGUGGGUGCUGCUCUUUACAAUGGCCUGCACCGGCCCCUGCUCGCCCGCCUGCCCCGGCGCGUGGAGGAGACCAGCAGGACGGCCGAACACGAAGGCUUGCUGCAGGGGGAGACCACGGCCAUCAACAGCGAGAGCUGAGCCUUCGCCACCCUAUGUGGGGCUUGGCCCCGCGAUUUAUUUCCCUGCACCAUCUCGGCGCGGUGGUGGUGAUGCCAGCUGCCAGCCUGCUACUGUUUGAGGGAGAAACCUCUCCCCUGCCUCACUGCCAGGGCUCCGGGAGGGGAUGGUGAGGCUGUGCCUGCCCUUCCCCGGGGGAGAUUAAAGCCUCUGCCCCUGUUCACAAGGGGCUCAGGGUGGGGGGGUGGGAGGGCUGGGUCUCAUCCCGCUGCUCCCCAACCUGUCUCUCCCCCCCAAUAAAGUGCAUCUGCCCACAGCUAA